ACCAGCUGGUCGUCAAAAUGUCGAGCGGGCAAACCGACGCAAUGUCGCAACCUCCCAGUACCUUUAGGACCAAGCAAAAACCUGAAAGACUACCCAUAACAGUCGAGAAACCCACACCAUAUACCUUUGAUCUUGGCCGCCUCAUGGCCCUAGACCCUAACCCUCUCAACCUCCCCGCAAAUUCCCUCUCCAACCCACCCGUCCUCAACUCAACACUCAAAUCCACCGCCCGUGACGGUGCCCAAUGCCUCCUCAACCAGCUCCUAACCGCCUGCCCCAUAACCAGCUCCGCCACGGACGGCGUUCUUCUCACCCUCCCUACCCCAGUAACCCCGCUCCCGCGCUUCAAACCACUCCCCACGCCCAAGCCGCCUACAAAAUGGGAGCUUUUCGCGCGCAAGAAGGGAAUCGGCAAAUACAAUAACAAACUUGGCGCUAACGAGGCCGAGCGGCGGAAGAAGUUGGUGUAUGACGAGGAGAAGGGAGAAUGGAUGCCUAGAUGGGGAUACAAGGGCAAGAACAAGGCUGAAGAUGACCAGUGGUUGGUGGAGGUGGAUGAUAAGAAGUGGAAAAAGGAAGAAGAUAUGAAUAUUCGGGGAGAAUCGAUCAGAAAUGAAGGGAGAAAAGAAAGGAUGGAGAGAAUUCGGAGGAAUGAGAGGAAAAUGAGGGCGAAUAUGCGGAGGACCGGGAAUGCGAAGAGCAAAGCUUGAAGGGGUUUGGAUUCCCCGGGGGUUUUACGUGCAGGCGUUCUUUUUGUGACGGGUCAGUUAAUACUUUUUGCAAGGCGUUGAAGGCCCAUGGAACCAUGGGAUUGGUGUAUGAACAAAAGUGUGGUUAUAUUGAAUACGAUA